CGCCCAAGCACCGGCUCAUCAAGGUGGAGGCGGUGGAGAAGGUGCCCGCCAGCCCCUCGCCGCCGCCGCCGGUGCCGGCGCCCCCCAGCUCGCCCCCGGCCGGUCCCGAAGCGCCCGACGAGCCGCCGCAGGAGCUGGCUGUUCUGGAGGACUAUGCAGAUCCCUUUGAUGCGGCACAGGUGGCAGGUAGCCAGGCAGGGCUGGAGAAGGUGAUGGAGAAUGAUGGAUAUAUGGAGCCAUAUGAAGCCCAGAAGAUGAUGGCUGAGAUCCGCCAGAAGGGCUUGCGGGAGGCUCCCGCCCGACCGCUGCACCUCUACGACACUCCCUACGAGCCCGUGCUGGACAUGGACAGUGACUGCCCCAGGCCCAGGGAGUCCCGGCUGCCCGAGGACGACGAGAGGCCACCAGAGGAGUAUGACCAGCCCUGGGAAUGGAAGAAGGAGCGGAUCUCCAAAGCCUUCGCGGGUCCCUCGGAGGGGCUGGGGUACGGCCGCACCUCGCCCUGCAGGGAGGAGAAGGCCAGAGCUGUCCUCAGGCAUGGCUCCAGCAGCCUCAAGAACACCAAGGCGCUGACAGCUGAGCCUGGCCCCUUUGUCGGGGAGAGGAUUGACCCUGCCCUGCCCCUGGAGAGCCAGUGCUGGUACCACGGGGCCAUCAGCCGGACGGACGCGGAGACGCUGCUGCGGCUGUGCAAGGAGGCCAGUUACCUGGUGCGCAACAGCGAGACCAGCAAGAACGACUUCUCCCUCUCCUUGAAGAGCAGCCAGGGCUUCAUGCACAUGAAACUGUCGCGGACACAGGAGAACAAGUACGUGCUGGGUCAGCACAGCCCGCCCUUCGACAGCGUGCCGGAGAUCAUCCAUCACUACGCCAGCCGCAAGCUGCCCAUCAAGGGGGCCGAGCACAUGUCCUUGCUUUACCCGGUGGCUAUCCGUACCCUAUAGUAAUCACCCCCACGAGCCAGGCUCAAGGCUGGGUGCACCCAAAACUGGCCCAUCCACAGGGCUGAGCGCUGCCGUGCCAAGGAUGGGCCCCAGACCAUCAGCCCACGGGCAGCUCGCUGGGCACAGCCGGUGCUGUCGGGGAUUGCUGCAGCUGGGCCCCUCGUCCUGCUCUCCCAGGGGCUCCCCUGCACUGGUUUGGUGCUGGCAUGGCACUGGAAGGACCCCCUGUGCGAGGAGCUGAGUGGGGCUCGCUGCUGUCCACACCUCCACACCUGCCUCCUUGGCAGAGCUUGGGAUGCCAGGACUGGAGCUGGGACCUUGGAGAGUCCAGGGAGGGGGGCAGUGUGUGCGAGUACGGGGGCGAAUCAUCUGGUAGCAGGCUUGAGGUACCUCCAUGAGGGUGCCUAGCUCUGCCCGUGAGAGACAAAAUGGCUGUGCUCGCAGGUAAGGAGGCUGGCAGGGGUGAGCAGGACCUGCCUGGGCCAGCAAGGCAUGCAGAGUGCCAGGCAGGCUGCCCUUACUGCACCGGUGCUCAGUACUCACUGCCAUCCUGUGCCAAACGUGAACAGUGACCGGCCUUGGCCAUGUGUGCAGCACCACUGCCUAAUAAAGCAGUGCAUGGUUGUCUCCUGCUUCAUGGGACUGUGUGCCCACAUCCCACCCUGAGUGGGGGAUCAGUGUAGCAAAACUGUGGAAAGGGAAAUUUUGUUACACGAAAGCUUUUAGGGAAUUGAUUUUCCCUGUGCCGUUGGAUACACUGAGAUUGGCAUGCCCAUCCAGCCAGUGUCACCUCUGAGACACAGGGGACAAAGGAUGCUGGUGGUCAUGUCCUUGCCAUGUCUUUGAGACUGUUUGUGGGCAGUCAUGAGCUGAUUUUGGACUUGCCUGUUACUCCCUGUAGAAGAGGGAGCUCUUUGGGAUCUUUUGCCUUCUUGUUUUCCUUCACCUUUCAUAAAUCUUAGGCAAAGUCCCAGAAUUUCACAGAGCUCCUGAUCUCCUCUGAGAAGUUACUGGCUCCACUCCUGUUGUUUGUCUUCCUGACACCCUGUCUUUGGGCCAGCUUGCUCCUGUUUUUUUUUUUGGCUGAACCUCUCUCUGGUGCUCUGUACUGUUUCAUACAUACCUUGCCUUUUAACCUUGUUCCUGGUGUUGCUCCUAUACCCAUGCACAUACAUUUCCUCUAUCCAUGCUUCAGCCUAAGCUCCAUCCUGCUGUUACUCCCCAGCAGCACAUUCCCUUUCCCUUUCCCCUCUGCUCUCUUUGCUCAGCAAAUUCACUACUGGACCAGCAAAACCUUUUCUGUUAGUGGAGCAAAGCCCUUGGGCAUGGGGUGAGUUAGCAGUGGCCUAGUGCAGGCUUUGUGAGAAAGCAUCAUCCUCCCUUCUGCCUGCUGCCAGGAAGAAGCUGUCCCUGCUGGUUGCUGUGGGACACUGAGGUGAUUGAUGGGACUGUGGGGAUUUUGUGUGGGUGGGUGCUGCAGCCACUGCAGGAGCCCUGCUCUGCCAUCCGGGGUUUGGGGUUUUUCAGACUCUUAGCUGAGAGACAGCUGUCCUGGCUGCCCUGCACAGUUUUGAGCUGCUGUGGGGCAUGGCCAGUGUGGUCUGUGAAGCACCCCGUGGCUGGGAGCUGCAGAAGCCUGGUGGGUUGGUCCAGGAUGCCUCAGCCUCUGCCGCUCCUUAAAAGGCGUUGGAUUGAGCUGGCCGGUGUCUCCUUACAGCCACUUGGCUGCUGGCAGCUCUGCCUGCCUCUCUCCAUCCCAGGGAGGCAUUCUGUCCACUGGGCACGGAGGUGACUCCAGUGGGAGGGCUCUUCUCCCAGAGCCUGCAGGAAGGGCUGGAGAUGCAGAAAUCUGCAGCGAUGCUGCUGGGUGCCCUGUCUGUGCUUAGGAGGUUUCAAGUGCCACUUAGCAGCCCUGCUGUGCCCUGAUGGCUCCAGUGAGGAGCUCAUCCUCUGCCUUCUUGGAAGCUGUGGGUGGGAAAGAGGCUUCCUGUGUCCAUGCAGCUCCCCACAUAGUGUGGGGCUGUUUUCCUGAGGAGCUGUGGCAGGGAGCAAACUGCCUGGAAGGCAGUGCUGGCUGUGGUGAAAUCCUGCUCAAGCAGCCUGGCUCCAUCUCAGGAGCAUCCCUGCUGAGCACAGGGCUGAGAGGAAUGAGACCUGUGGGCAUUGCACCAGCUGCCCAGAAGCAGUCAUGCACCAGCAGGACUGCCUGCAGCUGGGCUGUGUGUCCAAGUGCUCCAGAAAAAUGGCUCUUGGUCGUUGCUGUGGGAAUUACAUCCCUCCUGAGCCCUUUCUUCUCCAGGCUGAAGAAGUGAAACCUCCUGGUUCUGCCCCCAGCCAUCCUCAGCAGGACUCUCUGACUCUCUUCCUCUCUUGAUGUACUUGGAAACAGUAUCCAGGUGUGGUCUCACCAAUGCCAAAUAAAGGGAAAAACCUCUUCCUUUGUCCUGACCACCAAAAAUAAAUAUCUCCAGUUCUAGCAG